AAAAGGGGACGUUGCAGCCGCAGGAGGAGAUUUCUCCAGAACUGGGUUUGAGACGGUGACUUUGCCAGAAAACUGUUGCUCCCAUGGAGACUCCGAGGGAGGGUGAAGACACUCUGCCCUCUGCACUGGAGACACGGAGAGGGGAAUCCCCAAGCGCGUACACACCAGCAACUGUGACUCUGGAUCCAGACACCGCUCAUCCCCAGCUCACCCUGUCUGAGGAUGGGAAACAUGUGAGACAGGCAGACACACGACAGCGACUGCCCAGCACCCCGGAGAGAUUUGACCCUGUGUUCUGCAUGCUGGGUCGUGAGGGGUUCACCUCGGGGAGACAUUGCUGGGAGGUGGAGGUGGGGGAUGGGCGACACUGGGCUGUGGGGGUGGCCAGAGAGUCUAUAAAUAGGGAGGACUGGAACAGCCAGAACCCCAGUGGGAGGAUCUGGGCUGUGGAGCAGUGGGGGGAUCAGUUCUGGGCUCUAACUCACCCUGCGACCCUCCUGCCCCUGAGCAAAGUCCCCAGCAGGAUCCGGGUUUGUCUGGACUGUGACCAGAGGCAGGUGACAUUUAUCAAUGCUGCCAACGAGGCCACGAUCUUCACUUUCCCAGCAGGCUCUGUCUCUGAGCAGAGCAUCCAACCCUGGUUCCGGGUGGGGCUGGGAUCCCAGCUCAGCCUCUGUCCCUGAGACGGGAUGGGGGGCAG